AUGCAGGAAGUGGGCACCUGGUUCCUAGUCUGCACCUGCGUCUGCACCUGUGUCUGCUGGGGAACCUCUCUCCCAGCGGGAGGAGGAGGGUCCGGGCUUGGAAGCAUCACCUGCCUCAACAACAACAUCCUUAGGAUCGAGUGCCACUGGGCAGCUCCCGCACUCAGUCAGGGCACCGAGCCCUGGCUCCUCCUCACCAGUGACCACGCUCCAGGCAGCAAACACAGGUGUGUCUUCCAGGCCAGCACGUGCUCUGUGGAGCUGCCUCUGGAGGAGGUGCUGAUGCCCACGGACAGCUUCACCAUCACGCUGCACCACCACGUGGCUGGGCAGGAGCAGAUCAGCCUGGUGAACGCGCAGUAUCUGCCCCGGAAACAUGUCAAACUGGACCCCCCCUCUGGCUUGCGGAGCAACGUCAGCUCUGACUCCUGCAUUCUGACCUGGAGCAUCGAUCCCGCCCUGGAGCCCCUGGCCGGCCUCCUUGCCUAUGAACUGGCCUUCAAGAGGCAGGAGGAGGCCUGGGAGCGGGCCCAGCACAAGGACCACAUUGUUGGGGUGAGCCGGCUCACCCUGGAAGCUACGGAGAUGGACCCUGGCUGCACCUAUGAGGCCCGGCUGCGAGUGCACAUGGCACAGGAGGGCAGUACGGCUGAGGAGGAGCGCUACGAGGGCCCGUGGAGUGAGUGGGGCCCACCUGUGCGCUUCUCUGCUCCCCAGAGACCAGGCUCCUCGGCCCCACCCUGGGGGCGGCCAGACAGCACUCUCCUUGCCGUGUCCAUCUUUCUGCUGCUGAGCAGCCUGACCUACCUCCUGUUCAAGCUGUCGCCCAGGGUGAAGAGGGUGUUCCGCCAGCACGUGCCCUCUCCAGCUGCCUUCUUCCAGCCACUCUACACAGAGCACCAUGGGAAUUUCCAGACCUGGACAGGGGCCCAACGAGUGGGUCUGCAGCUGGGCCAAGAGGGUGUUAGUGCCCAACCAGGAGGCCCAUGGCCCAGCUGCCGAGAGGCUGUGGCGCUGCUCACCUACAGCCCCGCGAGGCCCUGGCAGCCUUCCUGCUCAGAGGAGGAGGGCCCACCUGCCCUGGGCUCAGAGGGCUUGUUGCCAGCAGAGGGUCUGGAUGGGGUAGGACAGCCUCCUGCCUACCUACCACAAGAGGACUGGGCCUCCGUGUCCCCCACCAGGCCAGGCCUCCCAGACUCAGAGGGUGGCAACAACAGCUACUGUGCCCUGGGCUACUACAGGGGUUGCCACCCGUCAGCCACCCCAGGAUACACGCAAAGCCCUUUGCCCAGCCCUGUCUUAGCCUGUGGCUUUUCUUGGAACCAGACAUACCUGGACCCCCAGCAUGAGCUCCUGUGUGGGAGUUGGUCACAAUCAGAGCCAGGACUCCAGUGA